AUGACGGUCAACACUCCAAAGACGAUCGCGCUCCUGUCUUCCCUCGCCGCCGUUCGCUCCACACCCUGCGAGCUGCCUGGCAACGCCGAGUUCGUGUCGACCAAAACGGGCCUUCGCAUGGCAGUACGCAGGGGGGGCGACAUUGUCUCCGACACUAUUAGGAAGACUGGCGUUUGGGAGGUGCACCCGUGGAAGGCGCUUGAGCCGUUCAUGUCGCCGCAGACUGUGUUCGUGGACAUCGGCGCGAACAUCGGCUGGCACACACUCAACCUCGCGCGCCGAGGCCACGACGUGGUCGCCUUCGAGCCGUUCGCCUCCAACAUUGCCAUGCUCAACGCGUCGCUGUGCGCCAACCCGUCGCUGGUGAACCGCACGCUUGUGAAGGCGCACGGGCUUUCGAACAGCGCUGCGCGCUGCGACCUCUUUCAAAUACCGUCGAUUAACUUUGGCGAUACCGUCAGCGUAUGCGACGGCGGCAGCUACGUGCAGCAGAAAGAGGCCGUGCAGAAGCAGCUGAGCAACUCAUGCCGCUGUGCGUCUGUGCAGAAGCUCGGCGAGUUCCGGGCGUACCAGCUGGACGACGUUGUCGACGAGUCUCUCCUGAGGGCGGAGAAGGCGGUGAAAAUGGACGUCGAGGGACACGAGUACAAGGUACUCCUCGGAGCGGAGCGCUUCUUCACGCAAGGCAACCCGCCGCGCGCGGUGUACGCGGAAGUGUUCCAGCUCGGCGCCCACCGCUCGUCCUUUUUCGCGAAGCUCAAGGAGUGGGGCUACGACACAAUGGCGCGAGCGAAAGACAGGGAGGCGCUAUUUGUGCGUGCUGUGGGGGCCGUCAGCAGCCAGAAGGCACUGACAGCCAAUCGCGCUCAUGGCGUGGCGCACGCGCGUCGCAAGGUCAGGUGGGCGUGCCAAUUCAGUGCUCUCUUCGCAUGCUGA